AAUGUUUGCUGCCCUGAAAAACUCAGCUUAAUUUUGCCUCGUCUCUUUCUUGUGUUUCCUUCCCAAAUUGUUGCUCUGUUACACAGGAGGUGAAAUGCCCCAGGAAGCCCCUCAACAAUCUUCUGACCAAGAUGAACAAAAGGCAGAAGCUUACUUGGAGAAAACCAGUGAUUAUUACCGAGUGAGCCACAAUUUGCCCGCCAGGUUCAAUAACCCUGGGUGGUUUCGGAACUACAGGACUAAGAAAACUCAUCCAGUAUACAGGACAUCUAACCAAACCUACGGUAGCAGAACACCUACUGUACAUGAAAUGCCUAAAAGUUUUCAUACCACACCACAUACUUUUACUCAGCAUUAUGGGAGUUGUGGGAUGUACAGAAACAACGGUUUUAAUGUCUACACUGACAAGAGCAUUGUGACAGGCACUGAUAAUUUCAUCACAUAUUAUGAUCGAUUGAACUUCCAUCCCAGUUACAAUGCUAAUAAACCAUCAAUCUGUGAUUAAUGAGCACUCCCCCCUCUCUGAAUGAUAAUCCUGUUUCUAGAUUGUAGUCUUCUGAACAAUCAGUGUAAUCAGUUCCUGUUAAAUUGACUGGGUUUUAAAAGUAUGGCUAUACUGAACUUUACUAAAAGUUUCUGUAUGUUUCUGAGGCAGUAAAACAUACAAAGUACAAAUUAUCUCUUGUUUUAACCUCAUUGUUAUUUUGGGUAUAAAAAUAACCUUCUACUAAGCAUUUCAACAAAGAUGAGAACCAAUAGAAAUACAAUGAAUUCUAGGAAUUGACUGAAAUGGAUAAUCAAGGCACCGGGCCUUAGACAGUGCUUGGUUUUUUAGUUGAUAAAUGGAUAUGCAAUGAUAACUGCUCUCUGUAGUGUUACCUGGAAACAUUUUCAUGAUCAUAUGGAAGUGCCACUGAAGAUAAAGUGUAAUGGAAAGGUUUUGGAUGAUUUCCUGCCACUCACAAUCUACUUGAGUGUUGCAUCAUGGCAUUGUGACAGCCAAUGGGGCAUAACCUCUGGCAGGGUCUACCAUGCUAAAAGCUUGUGUCUGUUGUUGAAAGAGCAGCCUAGCCAAGUUUGGAGAGGCUUAUCACCAGGUGAACUGCAGGGGGAUGGAUUUCUUUGCUAUAGUAAAUGAUCUUUCAGAGUUGCUAAGGUGUAGAGGGAUUACAAUCAUAAUGUCUGAAGACAAAGAAAUCUUUUUUGAUCCUUAAAGUAUAUAAAAAACUGUGUGACAAUGUUCUAUUUCUGGCUAAUGGAAUUCAAACCUAAUGUCUUAAUACUAAGUAAUCUCAGAUUUCUUAUAACCUAAUAAUAUUUGCAUAUAGUAUUUUGGAAAACAGUUAUGAAAAAAACAAAAAAAUAGAUCACACAUUUCUGUCUUCCUAAAUGUUAUAGAGAUUACAUUUUAAGUGGCUUGUAUUUCUAUUGUAGGUUAUCUGGUAUAAUAUAUAUGAUAGUAAUGCUAAAUGAUUCUAAAAGGGUAAUGCAAGGAAAUUUACCAACUGAUAACAAUAAAUUUGCUACACUAAAAUUUAUAUAGUCUAGUUCUAAGGCUAUCUUUAAGUGCCAAGAAGUAGGUGAGAAAAUAAUGGGUCUUGGAACUCCCAAAGGCCCCAGCUUGAGGGGAUUGAUUGGAUUAAGAUUGAUUGGAUUGACUGACUUGGCUGAUUAACUCACUUAAAUUCAAUUAA